AUUAGUUUACUAUUGAUUUGUUUCAUGAGUGCAGCUCAUGCUCACUAUUAAGCUAUUCGACACAGACAACCCUAGUUUAGGUAUGAUAUCAAUAAAUGUCUGCCAAGUAGGAGUUCAUGAAUGCCUGAGAGAUAUAUAGAAACCAUGCCAAGCUCUGUAAUGACGUUUAAUAAGAACAGGAGUGGUCGGAAAAUUCUCAAACGUCAGUGGAGAGACAGGAGCAAGUAAGAUUACCGGAGAUAAUGAAUGUGAAGCAGAGGAUGCAAGGAACUCAGCUUUGGGACCAUGCUUGCUGAUGCUUCCCAGGAAUCCGGAAGUCAUGACCCUCCUCACAGCACGAACACUUGGCACAAUGGACUAGAUGGCAUUACGGGGGGCGGUAGUGGCAGCACCACGGGGGGAAGGGCAACGAUGUCUCGCUGCCCCGAAACCUCGUCCGCUCCCGAGCCUGCUGCCAGCGCCCCCUCGCCGCAAACUCCGUCAUGCUGCCUCACUCUCAGUCGCACCUGCAUAGGAGCGGGGCCCUGUGAGAAUGUCACCGUCAAGUGGAAACUGCCGCAGGACCAGGUCUCUCCGGCUGACUGGCUUGGGCUGUAUGUUGCAGGUAUGUGGCUCUGGGAACUACUGUCUGGGAUUGUAAUUCAUGUAUGUUUGUGAAUAC